AUGUACAAAAACCAUCUAGAGUUUUUGGAGCCUAAUAAAACUGUAUUUAAGGAUCAUUGGGAAAAAAAUGCAUUAGCAUCUAUGACUGCAGCGGCUCAAAAGGAAGGAGAAAUGGCAAUAAAAGAAGGACGCGUUGAUAAAAACGGCGUACCUAUUAUCGAUGUUAUACUAGAUGGAUGUUGGUCAAAGAGAACAUACAAAAAAAAAUAUUCGGCCUUAUCUGGAGCUGCUGCUAUUAUUGGUAGAAAAACAGGAGAGGUCGUGCAUGUUAUGUGCGCAGAUAGCACACUUGGUGCAGACUAUGAAGAUUUCAGAAGUAAAAUAACAUGCAUGAGUUGUACACAGACGGAAAAUAGAAAAAUAAAUAAAGAAAAGACAAUUGAAGGUCUUGGAGCACAGGCUAACGCCAUGAAACAAUUAUCUGAACAAACAUUCUCGCCAAUCACGAUUGGAAAAACUGUAACUAUUAUUUUUCCUAGUUUCGACAGAGCUAAAGGAGACCCUCGAAAUGUUUUAGGUAUAACACCAGAUAAAACAGAUGAUGGUUUAUACAGAGUAGGAACGAAGCACGGAACGUUAAAACAACUUUUUUCGUUAUAA